GGUUCUGCAAAUGCUGCCAUGAACUCGGAGGUAACAAUACAGCCAGAGUAACAGAAAUAUUGCCACCCUUCAGUCGACGGUGCACUUGUCUGCAAGUCUUUAUAUGACAUGCAUAAGCGGCACAAUGCGCAGCGACAGCAUCUUAUCCACUCCCUCGAUAACCUACUGUUCCAGUUGCAUACCCUCUCCUUCUUCCUAUCACCCUUGUUACUGUCGUUCGUGUGCAGACUAUUCUGCCAGUUACAGUGUUCAAAACCCAGAGAUACCGAUCCUAACCGGUCGUUGCGCUUCUGGUUUCUCCUCCUCUUGUUCCUCAACCUCCCUAGUUUUUGGUGGCAUGCUACAGAAGAAGCGGUUGAGGGCCGUACCGUCAUACUGGACUUUGUGGGAUUGGGUUAUAUACCCUCCAAACUGCACCUGCUCUUACUUGAUAUUCUGAUUCUUUUCCUUCAACUGGUGCUCACAACAAUUGCCUACGAGAGCUCGUUAUAUCUAGCAUUACCAUCGACUGUCCCAGAAAAUCUCCUCCCCCACUCUACGUCCACGCCCUCGACGCCUGACACACCAGAGCGCCCAAAGUUCUCCUAUAGUGACCCUACAUAUGUUAUUGAUCUUCGUUUGACGCCUAUCUUGAACCGACUUCGAAACCCUCCACCUGUGGUACCUGAGACUGCAGAAGAGUCUCUACCGCUUCCUAACACUAUGCAGUGGCCAUUAUCUGUCCCCUUUGGUUUUUCGAGGAGAGAAAGAAGAAGUGGACGUGAUCAGAGUCAACAAACUGAAACUGGAAAUUUGAAUCGCGGAGAUGAAGAUGUAGAGAGGACAGUGCCAGGAGGCAUCGACGUAGGGCAGACUACUUGAUCUGCCAUUACCAGGCUUGACAUUCUUGUCGGUUUAUCGUCGCUACGGACAAUUGUAUACAAUAUUAUGCAUUAUUUCAAUCCAUCACGUCUCUGUGCACCAACACUAUCACCAUUUGCGCUUCCAUAGCUUCGCGUAAGCACUGAGCGAACUUGGCAAACUCCUCCUUGCAAACGUCUUUCCUAACGUCGGUAUAUGUUGCCAAUAUACACUUCCCGUAAUCUGAUGCUUGCGUUGUGCAGGUGGUACUGGAAUGCAAAGCAAGCCUACGUAAGGGACUAAUACUAGUCGACAUCGUUGUGACCUGGGACAUGACUGCUCAGA